AUGGAGAGGAUCAGAUUCUCGUCGGAUGUGCUCUUUGCAACUUUUUUCGCCGCAACAUUUCUGUUCACCUGGUCUUCAGCACUCAAGGGAGGAAAUACUUGCGUAAACGACAAGAGCUGUGAUUAUGGAUCACAAUGUGGAACUUGCACUGUAAAUGUCAGUGUUUCUUCCCGUUGUAUUCGCGUUCAGCCUCACAAUCCUAUUCGUAAGGUGAAAGGCUUGCCGUUCAAUCGUUACUCGUGGUUAACAACUCACAAUGCUUUCGCUAGAAUGGGACAUAAGUCAGAUACAGGCUCUGUUCUUCUAGCUCCGGUGAACCAGCAGGAUAGUGUUACUUCUCAGCUCAACAAUGGUGUGAGAGGCCUGAUGCUCGAUAUGUAUGACUUUGAGAAUGAUAUUUGGUUAUGUCACUCCUUCCAUGGAAAGUGCUUCAACUACACAGCAUUUCAACCUGCUAUCAAUGUUCUGAAAGAGGUUGAAGUCUUUCUUGAAGCAAAUCCUACAGAAAUCAUCACCAUAAUCAUUGAAGACUAUGUUACCACUCUAAGUGGUCUAACCAAGAUUUUUAAAGCUGCUGGCCUUGGCAAGUUCUGGUUUCCAGUAGCUCGAAUGCCAAGUAACGGUAGUAAUUGGCCCACUCUUGACUCCAUGAUCCAGCAGAAUCAGCGAUUGGUAGUAUUCACCUCUAAAUCUUCUAAAGAGGCUUCUGAGGGUAUUGCGUAUACAUGGAGAUACUUGGUUGAGAAUCAAUAUGGAUCUGAUGGGAUGCGAAGUGGUUCUUGCCCCAACCGUGCUGAGUCUGCUGCUAUGAACACUAAAUCAAGAUCUCUGGUUUUGAUGAACCACUUUCCAGACACCCCAGAUUAUGUUGACGUUUGCAGGCACAAUUCAGCCCCAUUAAUAAGCAUGAUGAACACUUGCCAUGAUGCUGCUGGUAAACGAUGGCCUAAUUUCAUUGCUGUCGACUUUUACAAGAGGAGUGACGGUGGAGGCGCACCGGCUGCUGUAGAUUUGGCUAAUGGGGAACUAGUCUGUGGAUGUAACAACAUUGACUUGUGCAAGCCAAAGAUGACCUUUGGAGACUGUAACCAACCAGAGGCCAGUCCUGCUCCAGCCCCGGAUACAAUAGCAUCUGAUUCAGCAUCGACAUCAGCAUCAGGAGGAGGAUAUAAGAAAAGCUUUUCCGAUUCGGAUGGUCAACAGAUUCAAUUUGGAUGGAUGCUGGGGACAGGUUUGAUAGCUAUCAUAUCUUUUCUUUGUUAAUAAGGCACAUAUUAGAUAUAUUCAAAUUACUACCAAUUAACCCUUAAUUAGUUUCAUCAUAUCUCAUAAAUAAUA